AAACAACUGCAUUUCGAAUGAGACAGUGAUUUCAAUAUUAAAUAUCAAGCUUGUCGCUUAAAAAUCAGAUGAACGUCAUCUGAUUUGACACAAGUGUAGCCGGCGGAAGUGAGUUUGGGUCAGUAUCACUGAUCAGUGGUCAGUAUCGACUUGGUAAUAUUCUGGCACCUGAACAUUUCACGGGAUGUCGCGCUCACAUUUAUAAAGCACGACUGAUUUUAGAUUGGAUCGACAAUGGCUGAUAAGGGAAACAGGAAGUUUUCUCCACGCUACAGGAGACCGAAGGAAGCAGAUGAAGCUGAGAGCUGGAGGAGCCCGUUGGGACGGGACAGUGUGAACCAUGAACGCAGUUACAGUCCUAAAACAAAGCGGGGUCACGGUCGAACCUUUGAAAGUGAUGGUAACAGAAGAGCCAAAGCCUCGCAGUCGUGCAGCUCUCCUGAAGGACGAGCGUUUGGACAAAGUCCUUCUCACAAGGACCGAAUCCAGAAGGGUUCACCUGCUGACCGGAGGAACUGGAGAGAACGACAGCGAGAUGGACAGAAACAUGACAGGCUUGACAACAUGCAGAACUGGAGGGAGAAGAGCAGAAUUGUCUCGAUUGAAAGCUGCCUCACUAGACGGGAUGUUUUACAGCUGUGCUUGGAUGCAGAAGGCAGUGACUGUGACCCUAAAGAGUCAAGCAUCAGUCUGAAGUUCAAAUGUGACAAAUGUAAGGUGUACUGUGAAGACAUGUCACCAGCGCUCAAUCACAUCAGAGAAAGAGCCCACAGGAAGAAAGCCAAGGAACUGCAGAAGCUGAUGCUGCUGUUGAACAUCCCUCCUCCUGGGAAACUCCAGUCUCAUUCAAUCAGCUCGGCUCUGGAAAGUGUGAUCACUGAGUUCGGUUUAAACGAUCAAGAUUUGAAACAACGGCAAAACGUCCUCACUCUCGUUGAGAAAGUCCUUCAGCCUGUCCUUCCAGAUUGCCAGUUCAGAUUAUACGGAUCUUCCUGCACCAAGUUUGGCUUCAAAGACUCUGAUGUAAACAUUGAUGUGAAGUUUCCAUCCCAUUUCCAGCAUCCUGAUGUUCUGCUCGUGGCUCAAGAGCAUCUCUCUAAAAGUGCUCUUUUUGUCAACGUCGAGGGUGACUUCUAUAAGAGGAUGCCUGUAGUUGUGUGCAAAGAGAAAUCUAGUGGUCUGAUCUGCAAAGUCAGUGCAGGCAAUGAAAGUGCAUGCCUGACAACAGCAUAUUUGGCUGAGCUGGCGAAUCUAGAACCACAACUUGCUCCACUAGUCGUAUGCUUUAGAUACUGGGCUAAGGUUUGUUGUGUGGACCAGAUGGAAGAAGGUGGACUUCCAUCCUACUGCUUUGCCCUCAUGGUCAUCAGCUUCCUGCAGCGACGGAAAGAACCCAUCUUACCUUCAUACCUAGAAUCUAUGGGUUUGCCCAUGAGUAAACUGAAGAGUUUCUCCUUAGUUGGAGUUGAGAAAGGAUAUGUGCUUUGGGUCUAUAAUCAAACCUCAAAUGAUUCCUCUCAAGAUAAAGACAAAGCUGUCAAGAAGGGAAAGUGUCCACUGGUUUUCAAAGGCUGUAGCCCUCCUGUACUGCUAGGGAAGCUUUGGGUCGAGUUACUACGAUAUUAUUCACUGGAAUUUCAAAUACCUGAGAAAGUCAUUAGCGUGCGCACAAACAGUGACCUGUGGCGUGAUCUGAAAGACUGGCCCAAAAAGAGGAUUGCAAUAGAAGAUCCUUUCGCCGUCCAGAGGAACGUGGCUCGGACGUUGAAUAGUCAGAUGAUGUUUGACUAUAUGUUGCAUUGCCUCAAAACAACUUACAAGUACUUUGCUUCUCCUUCAAAAAGCACAGCAGGGAAAUUCAGCUCAAACAGUCAAACUGACAAAUCUGUGAAUGCUGUGAAUCACAUUGAUUCAGUGAAGAGAAGCACAAAAGUGCCAGCUGAGGAUUUGGAAAGAUCUCAUGCGAGAUCCAGUCUGCAUAGUGCAGAAGAGCUGGAGGACUCGGACUGCAUGAUUGAGCUGGAGCAGGACGAGGAAGAAGAAGCUGACUCUGACAUGGAGACUGAGGGUGAGGAAGAGGAAGAUGAAGAUGAUGACAUAGAGCUCGCUGGAUCUGGAUGUGAUCAUUCUGGUGAUGAGAUCUUCCCAUUCGAGCGGGAAAUGAGUGAUGAUGUAGGGUCUGAUGUGGCUUAUCCAGAGGAAGCAGCGUCUAUCCCAGACAAACCCAAAGCUGAGUUUUCCAAAUCUGAAUCUCCUGUAGGAGCUCAGGCAGGCCCUGAAGGCUUUCAGUACGUCUUCAGCAAGCGCUUUUUCAGUAAUGGCAAGUCCCCUAUUCUGAUAUGCAGCCUUUGUAAGAGUGAUGGACAUUUGAAACAGGACUGUCCCGAGGACUUCAGACGAGUGGAGCUGGAUCCCCUUCCACACAUGACUCUAGAUUUCGUCAAGCUCCUCAAUGAAGUCUGUGAGCAAUGCUACCGUGACUUUGCGCCAGAUGAUGUGGAGGUGAAAGUCAGAGAACAUAUUUUACAAGAUUUCGAGAAUUUCCUGAGAUGUCAAGUGCCAGGAGCCAAGUUGGUUUUGUUUGGUUCAUCCAAAAAUGGGUUUGGCUUUAAACAGAGCGACUUGGACAUCUGUAUGACUCUAGAAGGCCUGGACACAGCAGAGGGCUUGGACUCCAUGGCUGUUAUAGAGAGUUUGACUAAAGCACUGCGAAAACACCAUGGACUGAGAAACAUCCUGCCUAUUACUACUGCAAAAGUCCCAAUUGUGAAGUUUUACCACACCAAAACUGGACUAGAGGGUGAUAUAAGCUUGUACAAUACACUGGCUUUGCACAACACUGAGUUACUGGCAUCAUAUGCUGCAAUUGAUAUUCGGGUGAAGAUCCUCUGCUAUGUCAUGAAAGUGUUCGCAAAAGUGUGUGAUAUUGGAGAUGCGUCACGUGGGAGUCUGUCUUCAUAUGCUUACACUCUAAUGGUGCUGUACUUCCUCCAACAAAGAAGCCCGCCUGUUAUUCCAGUUCUCCAAGAGAUGUAUGUUGGGGAAAAGAAACCAGUAGUCCUUGUUGAUGGCUGGGAUGUACAUUUCUUUAAGGAUUUGAAGAACUUGCAUAAAUACUGGCCGGAGUACAAAAAGAACAAGGAGUCUGUGGGGCAACUGUGGUUUGGACUGCUGCAGUUUUACACGGAGACAUUUAACUUCAAGGAGACUGUCAUCUGCAUCCGCAGAAAAGAGCCUCUCACCACCUUCAAGAAGCAGUGGACUUCCAAACAUCUAGCCAUAGAGGAUCCUUUUGAUUUGAGUCAUAAUCUUGGAGCUGGUCUCUCACGGAGGAUGGCCAGUUUCAUCCUGAAGGCCUUCAUCAAUGCCCGCACAGUUUUUGGCACCCCCGUCAGAUGCUUCCCACCAGAGUAUUCCAAUAAAAUGGAGUAUUUUUUUGACCCAGAGAUGCUGACAGAGGGCAAACUUGCACCCAAUGACCGCUGCUGCCGAAUUUGUGGGAAGAUUGGCCAUUUUAUGAAAGACUGUUUAAUGCGAAAGAGGCAAAGACGUGACACUGAUGGAUUGUUCAGUGGACGUGAUGUGAACAGACCUGAUGGCAGAGUGAUGAGGGAUGGCAGCCCUUACACUGACAGACGGCGGCGGCAGAAGGAGGAGAAAUGCUGUUAUCUGUGCGGCUCCAGCGGUCACAUCAAGAAAGACUGCCUGCUGUCCAAAUCCAUAGAAUCCUCUCCAAAGACAUACCAAAGAAGCUCUGCAUCAGACAGGGACAGACUAGACAGUCCUCAGCAAGACAGAAAAAAGAAGCGAAAAGCAAAGAGGAUGGUUUUGGGUCCUGAAGCAGGUAGUCUAGCCCACAGAAAUGCGUCCUUAAAUGCAUCUAUGGAGAAGUGGAGCCCUUUCAACUAAAUCUUCUAAAGUGAGCCGUUUCUGGAUCUGCAGCUCAGUAUUAUCAUGAACCCCAGUUAGAACACCUCGAUGAAUGUGCCUUGUAUGGGUGUCUGGUUUUUAGUUCUGUUUUUUUUUUUUUUUCUAAUUGGGAAAUUAAUGUGAUGUUUCUCAUUUUAUCUGUUUUUAUUUUUUUUAAAUUUAAGAGUCCAGUUGAUUACCUUUGUAAUUUAGAUUGUAGCCCCAAUGUGUGCUUUUGAAUUUGCUUGAAUAGUUUUAGUAAAAAUUUUGCACAAAUGUGCAUCUUGUGCAUGUACCAAGAAGCAUUUUAUUUUGUAUGAAAUGUACAUAAAGAAAUACUAAUUGGGGUCUGUAUUUAAAAUUAUGCUGAUGUUAUUGCGGGUUAAUUGUUGAGCUUUGUGCUUGUCAUUGUGCUUUUUCAGUUUGGCUGGGCUUGUUUUUUGUUGCUAUGCUUUAUUUUAUUGUUAAUAUUAGUACUUUGUUUUUGCUGAAUGAAUUGUGUAUGUUUGGGGAAAAUAGCUCCAUUGACUUCAUUGCAUUUGAUGCAAUGUCAAUAAACAAAACGAAUUCCGUCCAUAUUAGUAAUUUAACGCUGGUCCUUUUUCUUUGAUGAUGACAAUAAAUAAGUUUUGUCAUAGUGUCAUGAAUUUACACUUUCAUACAUCCUUGUGUCAAUUUCUGCAGUUUGUUUUAAUGGGCAGAGAACACAUUUGAUAUCACUACAAAGUUUUUGUCACAUUCAUGAGAAAAGUUUAGUGCAUCCCAACCAAGGUGUGUUUUUAGAACUGAUAUUAGAUUGGCAUUUGACCAAUGUUAUCAGAUAAUAGUACAAUUCAGGGAAUGUCACUUGAAAUGUAUCAUAUAUUAUGUUUUCUACAGCUUAAAUAAAAAUGACCAGUUAUUGUGUU